UUCUUAUUUAUGAACAUUUGUAAAUAAAAAUUUGAGAACAAUGAAAACAUCAAAAUAUUAAACUAUUUUAAAUACAAUAAUGAGUAAUACUAAAAUUAUAUUACUUUUUAAUUUGGCUAGUAAAAGGUUAAAUAGUACUCAAGAUUUUGUUGAAUUUCAAUCGUUUGUUCGCGAAGAGCUUGAUGUCAAUACUGUAUACUCAUUAAUAGAUGAAAAAAUCUAUAAACAAGAUGGACCAAAAAUUUUGGAAUAUGUAUUGGUUGGAUUAUCGGUGAUCACUGAUUCACAGCCAAUUGUAGCAAAAGUCUAUGAAUAUGUUUUAAAAACCAUUUGCACUGCUGACAUUUCUGAAAUAGUUAAAAUUAGUAUAAUUAACCAGUUAUCUUUAGAAAUUAAUAAAUUGUCUACUAAACAUUUAAUUAAGUUUAUAAAGAUAUGUAAAAAAGAUAUUGAAUCAUCAAAUAAAAAUAGUAUUCAAGUCUGGAAAGAAUUAAUGCCUCAGAUGUUAAAAAUUAUAUCUGAAGAAAAUACAGUAAGAACUGAAGGCAUAGAACUCAGUGGAGUUGAUUUUAAAGAAAAAAUAAUCAAAGAUAUUUGUUGUUCCAAAGUUGAUGUAGAUAUCAUAUUACCUUUAGCUCUUAUGUUCAGGAAAACUCAAUUGAGUAAAAAGGAGCACGAGUUAGCUAUAAAUAUGUUAUGUUCAUAUUUUGAACACAUGGAAUUGCAAGAAGUGCCCCCUUUAUUGCAACAAAUGUUACUAUUUUGUUUGAGAGGAGACUUUUUACAUCUCUUUUUCACUAUACAAAAAUAUUUUGAUUAUAAGUUAAUUAACACUACAAAUGUUAAUGACCAAAAUGGAUUUGAAAUUUGUACAUCUAAAAACGAUGUGAUGGAAACUAAAACUACAGUUUUAUUUCUUUUGGAAGAUUUUGCAAAAUUUCACGCGUCAUUUGUGAAUGAUAUAGUAAAGUACAUUGAAACUUGUAUAGAAGCGCCUUGCAUGGUACUUGGACCAUUUAUGUUAUCAUUUUUAUUAACUAUGUCUUGUUGUAAACCAUAUGAGACUAUUAUUUUUACAUUGAUAAAAAAAUUAAUAGUUCACUCUUUAGAAGAAAAUGAAACUAUUAAAGUCUCACAUUGGUUAAAACUAAAUUAUACAAAUUUAUAUGAUGAAUUUGACCGAUUUCGAAUAUUUAUAAAAAGCGAAAUAUCAAACUAUGAAAAAGUAUUUAAGGGACUAGUCAAUUUAGGUUUAUCAUUCCUUGGAACAACAUCUUGUCUAUUUAAAAAAAAUAUAGGAGUUGUUAAUAAAAUCCACCAGUUAGGAUUGCUAAUCAUUGUAUCAUUGGUUAAUAGAAGAUCAUUUAUAACCAGGAGUGUAUUGCAAAAUUUGACAAAUUUUAUUGCAUACAAACCUUCAGCAAACCAAUAUUUAAAAUGUUUACAUAAACUUUGUAAAUAUCAAAAAGCCAAUGUUAUUGAAAAUAUCACUGAAUUACUUAGAUUGUUCAAAGAAAUUCCUAUCCAAUUGAUAAAUAAUGUAACACAUGCUGUUAUGCCUAUUUUAAAAAUAUCUUCUUUUUUGAGGAAUAAUGUUAUUAUGAUUUUACGUAAAGAACUUUUGUCACGAGAUUUUCAGACAAGACAUAGUGCUGUUUUGGGCUUUAUAGAUAUAUUAUGUAGUAUUCAAUUAGAAAAUGUUACUAUUUUUAGUAAUGAAACAAGUAAUCAAGACUCAUGGCCAGGCCUUUUUACACAGAUAGCAUUGGAUCAAAUUUCUCUUGAUAUUUAUUCAUCUAACAACUGCAUUCUUGAAGACUCAUCAGAUAAUAAUGAAGCAAUUUGUUUAGAAAUUUUGGACUUCUUAAAAAUUUGUUUUUACCAAAAUGCUAAAAUAAAAUGUUCAUUGUAUAGAGGUUUAAUAAAAGUAGUAUUCCUCAAUGAAAAAUUGUACAUUAGUGUCACCAAUUUGCUAUUAGAUCAUUUGAGCUUAUGGUGUGUUAAUUUUAAUAAUAAAAAAUCAUUAAAAUUUGAAAAAGCAAUAACAAUUGGAAAAGAUGAAAAAUGUAUAAUUCAUGAACCAUUAGAUGAACUAGUUAUCUUAGCUCAAAAUUUAUUAGUAAAAAAUAUUAUAUUUGAAAGUAAUUCUUCUCAUAAAAAUAAUGGCGAAUUGAAAAAAUUACUUGACCAAUUAAUAAACUUUUAUAGUGAAUGUAAUACUGAUGAAAUAAAAAAUGAUAAUGAAAGUUUGUUUGAUGUAAUAAACAAUUAUGUGGUGUAUGCUAAUGUCAUAAAACAAGUAUUAUGUGUCUACCAGUCUUUAAUUGCAUCUUUGAUUAACUCAUGGACUAGUCAAGAUCAAGAAAAAGAAUGUACAGAGAAAUUACUAAAAUUAUUUUCUAAGUAUAACCACAUUAUAGAUGCUAUCAAGACUGUUAAUAACAUUAAUAAAAAGAAACAAAUUAAAAUAAAAAGACUUGCUAGUUGUAAAUAUCAGAAUUUUGUAGAACCAAUCAUUCAUUUAGAGUUUGAUGUGAUAUAUAAGUUUUUAUCUUUACUAUGCACUUAUACUAGGUGGUCCACUCAGAAAACUGUAACAUUACUAAGACAAAAUGAAAGACUUUGGAAAUUAAUUCUAAAACUUGUACUAAAACAUGUAACAGAAAUGAAUCAAUUACUUUCAUUAGACAUAAAACCAAAAAAUCUGUACCAAAAUCUAUGCAAAUUAACAAGAUUAUUAUAUAAUUAUUUUCUAUUUGAUUUGGAUAAAAAAAUUAAAAUCAACCAAUAUGCAGUUGAGCUGGGCCUAGAAUGUUAUUUAAAAAUUAUUACACUUAUCAAUUAUUAUUAUAAAAAUUGUUUGGAUACAUUUUUUAAAGAUUCUAAUAAAGAUGAUGCCAUUGAUUCCAGUGAAGAUCAAUCAGAACUCUUUAAUGUGUUGCGUAAUAUUAGGUUACAUUUAGAAACAGUGUUGGAGAGUAAUCAGUUAAAUUCUUCAGGAAAUGUAGAUAAUGAUGAAGAUACUAUGGAUUCUUCAAAUAAAAUUGAAAUUUAUUUAAUUAAAUGUAUAUCAGUCAUCUGUCAUUCCAUUAACAACAGUAAUCAAAAAUUAAAAAAUAUACUAGUUUGGUUAUCUACUGUAAUUGAAAAGUAUUCUUUUUCUACAACUUCUAGUGCAAAAGAAUUUUUAAUACUUACAAUGAAAUUACAUUCUGCUCACCAUGAAAAUCCAUCAAUUUUAGCCGACACAAUUAAAUACCUAUGUAAUUCAUUUGGCCUUAUUAAAAAAUUUUCUGAAACAAAUGAAUCUCAAUUAAAAUUCAUCACAGAUUAUAAUAAGAAAACUUUGUGUAUAGAACUAUGUCAAUGUUUGAGUAGUGAAUUCAAUCACAUAUCAUCUUGUUUGUCUAAAAUCAAAGCAGAAUUAAGUGCUUUACAAAAAAAUAUUAAGAUUAUUUAUCUAGAAAGAAUAGAAGCUAAAGAAAAAGCAAUGUGUCAUCAAUUAAUACUUCUUAUUUUAGUUGCAAAUAAUUUAACAAAAACUGACUUACCUCUUGGUCAGUGUACUGAAUUAGUAUUUAUAUUAUUACAUCAAGUGUUCAGUACAGUUAAUGCAGUUACAAAACAUUUUCUUUUGCGAUCUUCAUAUUAUAAACUUGUUUACAAACAAACUUUAUUUGGAAAGAUGUCACAAAUUAUUAAUGAAUUAUUUAUUCCAAAUGUUUCAAAUUUCAUUAUAUAUGAUGAGUAUAAUAGACCACUAACAGAAAAGGAAAAAGAAUCACAUAAACUAAAACAAUAUGUUAAACGUCAGGCCAGUUACAUACCAAAAGUAGUAAUUCAACUUGAACUAUUUGUUUACUUAAUCAUUAAACUGGGGAAAAAAUGCAAAGACAGAGAUUUGAUGAAUAUUAAGUUAACUGCAAGUAGGGAUUUUAUACUCAAGAUAAAAAAAGCUCAAGAAAUUCUUAAGACACAGAAUUUAAAAAAUACUAACAGAGGAAAACAAAAAAAAGAUUAUAGUUCUAUCCAAAAUAAAUCAUUUCGAUCUAAUGAUAGUGACCAACCUCCUCAGAAAAAACAGAAGUUUGAUACUAACAUUUCAGUAUCUAUUGAUUAAGUAUACUUUUAAUAUUAUUAAUACAUACAAAAUCAAAUAUUAAUAUUUUUAUGAAAGAAUAAUUUUUAUAAAAUAAUCUAAGUUAUUACUAAGUGAAUUACAAUUUUAGAUUAUGUACACCAAUUGCAGUGUAUAAACUAUAUAAAUUGUUUAUUAAAUUGGAAAAAUAAAUUAGAAUCCUUUAUAGUAAUUUAUUCAUUUAUUAAAUCCAACCAUUCAAAUAAUGUUCUUAAAAAAUAAUUAUCUAAUAUAAAGACUCUUAGACAAAAGAAAUAUUGUUAUUACUCUAUUUAAUUAAAUAAUGAAUUAUGUUGAAUUAUUGAUUUUAUUUUCCUUCAUUUUUGUUUUCAGAUAACAUCAAUAGUAUAUAAUAUGUGAGCAAUUUAUUAAUUUAGACUGUUCCGCGUAAUAAUUAAGACCUAAAAACUGUAUUGUAAUAUAAAUAUAGGCACUAUAAGCACAGGGAUAUUUUCAAGAUGUAGUCUUGAGAGAGGGGAUAUAUGUAAGAAAUCUUUUUACUAUCUUCAAAGUACAUUAUCACCAUAUAUUUAUUUUCAUCAUGAUGGAAUUCUAUCUCCAAUACCAACUCUCUUAUUCAGAACAUCCAUUUAGCACACGCAUACAUUGACAAAUUUUUAUAAAGAUAUUAUUUCAAAUAUUAAUAAUAAAUAUUUUGUUUAGUUCCAAACAAUGACGUACCUAAAAAUUUUCUAUAGUAGAAGGGUAUUACUACAAAAUAUUUUUAGUCAUUUUUUUACCAAAAAUGUAAUUUUUGAUGGUAAUGAGUGGUUAGCCACUUUGCCCUUAAAAAAAGACAUUGAAUUUAAAGUCUCUUUAUUAUAUUAAUAUUUUAUUUAUGUAAAUAUGUUAUGAAUUAAAUAUACCUAAUAAUAUCAUAUAGUUUAAUACAGCAAAAAUAACAAUUGGACACUUGGAGAAAUAUUUAUAACAUUUUUUUUACUUUAAAAAAGUAUAAAUUAGCAUCUUUGGCACUCUAUGUGUUAACCUAUAAAUUAUAUUCAUUUAAUAAAUGUAACAGUUCAAUUAAAUUUUGUCAAAAUUUAUUACCGGCCUAUUAUUUUUAUUAUCUUUUAAUUCUUCUCUUAAAUGUACAUUUCACAAUGAGAAAUAUUUAGUCAAUUUUUCACUUUCUAAAAAUAAAAAUGUGUUAAUCAAUAC